ACCACCAUCACCAUCAUUAUCACCAUCAUCACCAUCACCAUCAUUAUCACCAUCAUCACCAUCACCACCAUCACCACCACCACCAUCAUCAUCAUCACCACCAUCAUCAUCACCAUCAUCAUCAUCAUCAUCAUCAUCAUCAUCACCAUCAUCACCAUCAUCAUCAUCACCAUCAUCACCAUCAUCAUCACCAUCAUCAUCAUCAUCAUCACCAUCAUCAUCACCAUCAUCACCAUCAUCAUCAUCACCAUCAUCACCAUCAUCAUCACCAUCAUCAUCAUCAUCAUCACCAUCAUCACCAUCAUCAGUCAGUGAUGCGGAAGCGGAACAACUCAGAGGACAGCGGGACCACCGGCACUCUGCUGGACACAGACCCGGACCUGAAGCAGCGUCCCGCCAGGGGGGGAGCAGCGGGGCCCGCGGCGGGAGGCCGGCACGGCCCGGGAGAGGACGGAGGCAUGGGGAAACCCUUCAGGAGACCUGAGGUCAUUUCCUGUUUAUUUGUUUGUUUGUCUGUUAGGCACACAGUUCCUGCUCAAAUGUGGAGAGAAGCUCAGGGGAAACAAGGCGACUGGUACGACUCCACAUUUAGCUCCUCCCACUCCGUCAUCCUCUAUCUCCAUGGAAACGCAGGGACCAGAGGAGGAGACCACCGAGUUCAGCUCUACAAGGUCCUCAGCUCGUUAAGUUACCAUGUCGUCACGUUUGAUUACAGAGGGUGGGGGGAUUCAGACGGAUCGCCCUCAGAGGGGGGGAUGACAUCAGACGCUCUCUUCAUCUACGAUUGGCUGAAACAGCGUCUGGACAACAAAACACCUCUUUACAUCUGGGGACACUCGCUGGGGACGGGGAAUGCAGGUUCAGGAAGUCCUCCUGACGCUCUGAUCUUAGAGUCUCCGUUCACCAAUAUCAGAGAGGAGGCCAAGAGCCAUCCCUUCUCCAUGGUGUACAGAUACCUGCCCGGCUUUGAUUGGUUCUUCCUGGACGCCAUCACAGCCAACAACAUCCGCUUCGCCAGCGAUGAGAAUGUGAAUCACAUCUCCUGUCCAGUGUUGAUCCUCCACGCCGAGGACGACAGCGUGGUUCCUUUCCAUCUCGGCAAAAAGCUGUACACCCUGGCGUCCCAGUCGAAGAGCCUCAGCGGUCACAAGGUUCAGUUUGUUCCUUUCCCAUCCUCUCUGGCCUACAAGCACAAGUUCAUCUACAGGAGCCCAGAGCUGCCAAACAUCCUCAGUGAUUUCCUCGGCACGGCUCACCAACAGACGGACGACUCAGCCUGAGAACACACACACACACACACACACACGUUAGCAUUUGUUUCCUGACGAGACUGAAGGUUGUCGCAUGAAAUGAACAACAAACACAUCAUUCCUUUUAUUUUCCAUUCCUCUCACACCAACACUGGGUUGCCAUGGUAACUGGGCUCACAGCGGAGUGUGUUUAACGUACUGUAGAUGGAGGAGGACGGUGAUCGAACCAAACUGGAGAACGAACAGAGAUGAUCGAUAUUUUUAAUAUCUGAUCUUAUUGUGUGAUUUUUAAAUUUUUGUUUUGGAUCCAUCUGAUGGCGUUUCUUUUCUGGGUUUGAAGGCCUGUUAUGACUUGAAUAUGAAUUAUGGAUUAAAUAUUUCUUGUUUUAUGACAGUG